AUGUCUCGGCCCCUGACAGACCAGGAGAAGCGGAAGCAGAUCAGCAUCCGGGGCAUCGUCGGGGUGGAGAAUGUGGCCGAGCUGAAGAAGGGCUUCAACCGGCACCUCCACUUCACUCUGGUCAAGGACCGCAAUGUGGCCACCCCCCGAGACUACUACUUUGCCCUGGCGCACACCGUGCGUGAUCACCUGGUGGGCAGAUGGAUCCGCACCCAGCAGUACUACUACGAAAAGGACCCCAAGAGAGUUUACUACCUGUCCUUGGAGUUCUACAUGGGCCGCACUUUGCAGAACACCAUGAUAAACCUGGGAUUGCAGAAUGCCUGCGAUGAGGCGAUUUAUCAGUUAGGGCUGGACAUCGAAGAGCUGGAGGAGAUUGAAGAAGACGCCGGCCUGGGGAACGGCGGUCUGGGCCGGCUUGCUGCCUGCUUCCUAGACUCCAUGGCCACCCUGGGGCUGGCUGCCUAUGGUUACGGGAUACGGUACGAAUACGGCAUCUUCAACCAGAAGAUGAGAGAUGGAUGGCAGUUGGAGGAAGCGGACGACUGGCUGAGACACGGGAACCCGUGGGAGAAGGCCCGUCCGGAAUACAUGCUCCCCAUCCACUUUUACGGAAGAGUGGAGAACACCCAAACCGGCGUGAGAUGGGUCGACACACAGGUGGUCCUGGCCCUGCCUUAUGACACCCCCAUACCUGGCUACAUGAACAACACUGUCAACACAAUGAGGCUGUGGUCCGCUCGAGCUCCCAAUGAUUUCAACCUCCGUGAUUUUAACGUUGGAGAUUACAUUCAGGCGGUUCUGGACCGAAACUUGGCGGAGAACAUUUCUCGUGUCCUCUAUCCCAAUGAUAACUUUUUCGAGGGGAAAGAGCUGCGUCUGAAGCAGGAGUACUUUGUGGUAGCUGCUACCCUGCAGGACAUCAUCCGGCGGUUCAAAGCCUCCAAAUUUGGGAGUACGGAAAGCGUCCGGACGGCUUUCGAUUCUUUUCCUGAUCAGGUCGCGAUCCAGCUGAAUGACACCCACCCUGCGCUGGCUAUUCCAGAACUGAUGAGGGUAUUCUUGGACAUCGAAAGGCUUCCGUGGACGAAGGCCUGGGACAUCACCACACGCACCUUCGCAUACACAAACCACACCGUCCUCCCCGAAGCUCUUGAGCGCUGGCCGGUCGACCUGGUGGAGAAGCUUCUCCCGAGACAUCUGCAGAUCAUCUAUGAAAUAAACCAGCGGCACCUGGAUAGAAUCUCGCUCAUGUUUCCGAAGGACGUUGACCGCAUCCGGCGGAUGUCUCUGAUCGAAGAAGAAGGGGUCAAGCGCAUCAACAUGGCCCAUCUCUGCAUCGUCGGCUCUCAUGCCGUCAACGGGGUGGCAAAGAUCCACUCAGAUAUCAUCAGAACUCAAGUGUUCAAGGACUUUGCAGAGAUUGAGCCCGAGAAGUUUCAGAACAAAACCAAUGGCAUCACUCCCCGGCGCUGGCUCCUCCUUUGCAACCCGGGACUGGCCGAGUUAAUCGCGGAGAAAAUCGGCGAGGACUACGUGAAAGACCUCAGCCAGCUGACGAAGCUGCACAAGUUUGUGCACGAUGAGAUUUUCAUCCGAGAAGUCUCCAAAGUGAAGCAGGAAAACAAGGUCAAGUUUGCCCAGUUCCUGGAGCGGGAAUACAAGGUGAAGAUCAACCCUGCCUCCAUGUUCGAUGUGCAGGUCAAGAGGAUCCACGAGUACAAGCGGCAGCUGAUGAACUGCCUCCACAUCAUCACCAUGUACAACCGCAUCAAGCGAGACCCCAUGAAGUUGUUUGUGCCCAGAACGGUCAUCAUUGGAGGCAAAGCUGCUCCCGGCUAUCACAUGGCGAAAAUGAUCAUCAAGCUGAUCACCGCCGUGGGCCACGUGGUAAACAACGACCCCGUGGUAGGGAACAAGCUGAAGGUCAUCUUCCUGGAGAACUACCGCGUCUCGCUGGCUGAGAAAGUGAUCCCGGCCACAGACUUAUCCGAGCAGAUCUCCACAGCAGGAACCGAAGCGUCUGGCACUGGAAACAUGAAGUUCAUGCUCAAUGGGGCUCUGACCAUUGGGACGAUGGACGGUGCCAAUGUUGAGAUGGCCGAGGAAGCUGGAGAAGAGAACCUCUUUAUCUUUGGCAUGCGAGUGGAGGAUGUGGAGGAGCUGGACAGAAGAGGAUACAAUGCUGAAGACUAUUAUGACCGGAUUCCAGAGCUCAAACAAGCCAUCGAUCAGAUCAGGAGUGGCUUCUUCUCACCAAAACAGCCAGACCUCUUCAAAGAUGUGGUCAACAUGCUGUUCUACCAUGACAGGUUUAAAGUUUUCGCAGACUUUGAAGCUUAUGUCCGGUGUCAAGACAGUGUCAGCCAACUCUACAUGAACUCCAGGGAAUGGACCAAAACAGUCAUCCGAAACAUUGCGGCCUCUGGGAAGUUCUCCAGUGACAGGACCAUCAAGGAGUACGCCAGGGAUAUCUGGGGCAUGGAGCCUUCCGACCUCAAGAUCCCGCCCCCUAACGUGCCCCGGGAUGUGGCCGACGAGCAGAUGGCCAACGACAUGGCCGAAAAGUUACACAUGUGAACCCGAGAGAUGCUUAGCUCUUGUUUGCUUAGCGGCUGUACUGUACAGGGUGGGGAACGCAACCCCCCAGCAAU